AUGAGUGUUAAAGAUUUUUACGAAAUUCUUGGAUGUUCCGAAGAAGCAACACACGAGGAUUUAAAAAGUGCUUUUCAUAAAUUAAUUUUAAAAUCUCACCCAGAUAAAGUACAGGACUCAAAUAAAGAUGCUGUGGAAUUUCACCAAAUUCAAGAGGCUUGGAACGUUCUCAGUAAACCUGAAAGCAGAAAACUUUAUGAUGUUGAACGUAAACAAACAAAAUUAGAAGAAGAAAGUAUUGUUGUCCUUGCAAGGAUUACUUCCGACGAACUUUAUCCCAAGAAUGAAGAAUUAGCAUAUCAAUGUCGUUGUGGCAGUGAAUAUAUCGUUGACAAAGAGGAUUUGCAAAAUUAUGAACAAUUUUAUGUUGCCUGUGACGAAUGCACAUUUUAUAUUUCUGUCAAAGUCAACAAAAAUUCAUUAAAUCAUUCCUCUUCUGAUUCAUUUGGAACAUAA